AUGCUUUUUUCAAGAAGUCUAGUAGCUACACCUACUACUGUUACCAAUAAUAUCCCUACUUCAAAUAUUCCCAAUCAUACACCAGAUAAUACAAGCUCAAAUCUUCAAAAAGAGCCCAGUAUCGUUGAGAGUACUAUUCAAGAUAAUAAUACAAACAAUAAUGACGCGAUCAUUAACAAUUUUAUGGUUGAUCAAGUGAGCCAAAUGCAACAAGUUCAAGAAAAAUUAAAAAUCCAAAUGGAUAAUUUUUCAAAGGAACAGGAAGCCUUUUAUUUACAUAAUAGCGCCAAAAUGACUAAAAUGGAACAAAAGUUUGAUAAGGUCCACUCCGAACUAAAAAAUGUUUUAGGGUUUUUCCAUGAAGUAGUUGGUAUUAUGAACGGCAGCAGGGUUUGGAAUAAUAAUCAUUUAAGUUCAAAUAGUGCUUCAAAACUAGAAAGCAAUCGUGCAGACAGCUCUGCUACUUCCAACACGCUCAGUACUGAUAAAAACAAAAACAAUGGCGGCAACCCUACAGUGAGUGCUGUCAUUGAAAAUAGCAAUAAUACUGAUUGUGAGCUUACUAAAAAUGUUAGAUCUAAUGUUAGUAAUAUAUUAACCACAGCAUUAUCCCUUGAUGAGCAAAUCAUUAGACAGAGUAGAAUUAAGCAAGAGCCUAUCGCUGAUGCUGAAUUGUUGGAAAGAGUAAGUGUCAAUAUUAAAAAAAGAAGAAGGGGACAAGCAGUGUUAGAUAAUGAAUCUAUUGCAGAACCAGGCGAACAUAUAUAUAAACUAAACAGAGCAUUAGAAACAGUGACUGAUGUAGCUCAGGAAUAUUUUCAUGGUUUGAAAAAUCAUCCAUCGGUGUUAUCCUUGGAUAGCAAGUAUGGUCCAAGGUGGAGGAAGAACGAUAGGUCGUUUUAUACCAAAAGAAAGACAAUUAUUACCAAGAUUUUGGAAGUUAAAAAUAAUCCAGUCAACUUCAAUAUAAAUGGUCCCAUUGAUUUGAAAACCGCAAUCAGAGUUGUUGAAAAUAUCAGAUUAGGAAAUAAUUUGUACGGGAGAGAAGAUGUGAAUAGACCAUUAAGAAUGACUUUAAAUCAACUAUACACCUAUUUCAGUGCUCAUAAAGAUGACAAGAGACAAGAUUAUUCUAUACAUUUAAAAAAAGUUGGAAAAACAAGAAAACAAUAUGCCUUGAUGAACAAAUAUAUGAGAAAUAACCGUACUGGCUCUAAUGCAGUGAGCAAUGCCCCUAGUAUUGAGCCAUCGUCUGUACAUCCAUUUGGUACAAAUUCUGUAAGAUCGCUGGUACCGUCUCCUACAAUUCCCACGGAAACCCGUAUAAACGGAGUUAAUACAAACGCUAAUAUGACAGUCACUAAUACAUCUGCUAACAAUAAUGAAAGCACACCUAAUAUUAAUCUACCACUGCUUACAAGUGAUAGGACUAAUUCUUUUAAUAUAAAUAAUAACAACUCUAAUGGUGGUUACGCAUCGCGAAAUUUUCUCAGAAACACCAAUAACAACAGCGAUAACAAUCAUGAUGAUAUUAUGUUGAACAUUAGGAACACCUCUCCUAUAAAUACUAGGUUUCAUCAAACGCCUUCUUUUAAUGAGCAUGAGAACGCUUCUGAGAGGCUUAAUUCAAGUGAUGAGGAUUCAUGGUAG